AGCGGCAACGAUGGCUACGGCCCGGAUGGUGCUGCUCACAGCUCUGAAGCCGAAGGCGCUGCUUACGGCUCGGACAGCGGCGUCUACGGCUCGGACAGCGGCGUCUACGGCUCGGACAGCGGCGUCUACGGCUCGGACAACGGCUAUGACUUGGAAGGCGGCAUCUACAACGACUACGACUCGGGCAACAACGGGUAUGGCAGCAACAACGGCUACGACAACGGCAACGACUACGGCAACGAAAAGGCGGCCAAGGACUACUUCCUCAAGGACUUCUUCUUCAACGUGACGUACUCCAACACGACGUCGGUGCGCAAGGACCUCAGUGUGCCAGCGCCGCCGACGCGCCUCGAGUUUUCGCUCUUUGCGAAUGCGCAAGCCACGCCGCUGUGCACGACCACGAUCCAGUGCCCAGGCACAUCGUACCCCAAGCGUCUUCGUCAGUAG